AUGACCAGGGUCAUGCAGGAUUCUCUGACGAUGCUGGCUGGAAGGGCACAGGUCAGUGAUGAACCCCAUGUCUGGAUCAGAAGAACGGCGGAACUGCUGCGUUGUUCCACGAACUAUCCUAUGGAGGGCCUUGAGUGGUGUCGCGCAGACCGUCUCCACGCGUGCAUCGGGCCACAGGUUCAGCACCUGCAGGAUGCUCUUUGCCUGGACCACGAGACAUUCCAGAAAGGACUGGGCUAUCCCGUGAGUGGCAUCGAAUUGCUCGCCACUUCGUCAGACGAUUACAGAGACUCUGCAACCCACAUUUGCCAGGCACUGUGGAACAUUCAUGGACAACCGUCAGCAGACCGCGCAAUU